ACCAUGGAGUCGCCGCCGCCCAAGCGCAACGCCGGCCACGUCGGCGAGGACGGAAUCAGCGCCCUCCCCGACCACCUCCUCCUCGACAUCCUCGAGCGCCUCCACCUGCGCGAGGCGGUCCGCGCCGGCGCGCUCUCCACGCGGUGGCGGCACCUCCCCAGCCACCUCUCGCUCGUGCACCUCGACGCCGGUCACUUCCGCGGCGCCACAUCGCUCCAGGUCAUGGACGCGUUCACGGGCGCGGCACGGGCCUUGCUCACUCGGGUGCCUCCCGCCGAGGGAGUGUGCGAGAGUGGUGCCCUCAAGGUGCUCGUCCUCAGCUUCUACACGUCUUCCCCUCACCUGACCUCAUUAGCACUUGCAGUAGGCUCAGGCACCUCAGCUUGA